ACAACAGCAAAUGUACCCAGUUUGCUAUAUCUUUUCUUCUUUUGCAUGUUCAUGUUCAUGUUCGUUUUUCAUUUUUCAUAUCCCUUCGUCAGCUUUGGCUCUCAUAUUUUUAUUUUCUUCAAUGCUGUAUGCUAGUUGUUUGUCAAAAGUACACGGAAUAACCAUAUUAAUAUGUGAAAUUAUUUGUUUAUGUGGCGAGGAAACGGAUAUUGCGUUGGUUUGAUCAUUGUAAAUCGUUUCUCCAUUGAUAAUCAGCUCUAUGCAAAUCAUUGCACCAUGUUGUCAGGCUAACUUUUAUUAUGAAAACCUGAUGAUGGUUAAUAUUUGUGAUGAUACGCGAUCUUGUUGGUUUCGGAUGUUCUUGAAUGGUGACUUUUAUGAAGACAGAAAUUAUGGAUAUCACCCGUCAAGGAAUUUGUACACAGUCCAGCAAUUUGGAAUUUAAUGUCAAGUUCACUCUGGCAUUUGUUCUGAAAGAAGAAUUAGAAGGUAUGUCAUGGAGGGCCAGAGAGUGUUCGUAGGGAUGAAUUUUAAAGAUAGAUUUAUUUAUUUGUUUUGAGCAUUGUUUGGUUAAAAACAUUUUGGAAUUAUUAUUUUCAUCAAGGACUUAAAGCUGAAAGGCGAGAGGGUGUUCAUAGAUAAGCUUUAGAUGAAGUGGAACUUCUUUUGAGACCAUGACUGGUGAGGUUCCUGGUACUUCUGGUCGACAGUUUUGCAGAGAUACAACCAAUGAUGUUCGAAGUGACAGAAAUGCUGCGGACGAAAAUGUGACUAAUAUUUGUCUACAGACCGGUGAGGAAUUUUCAAUGGAGUUUCUGCAGGAUCGUAUUGCACAAAGAAGAUUAGCCCCUGUACUGACUGGCAUUGAUCUGUGCCAGUCUGAAAGGUUGGGUUCUAAUAUACACCAAAACCCUAAACUGCUUUACGAGGAUCUUGGUAGCGUUAUGGGGAUGAAGAGAAUAGAUUCCGAUUGCAGUUCAGAAUUCUCGGAUUUUAGUCCAGUUGCUCCAAAAGGUUUUCUAGCGGACACGGAGAAAAAUGUUUAUCCUAGUAACAUGAGCAGAUACCACUGGGAAUAUGGUGCCAUGGGAAAAGCAUCGAGUAAGUUUGCUGAUGAAGUUAAUCGCGAUCGGGUUAUUCCAAGACCAACUACUCCACCUUUUUAUGUUGUGGACUCCCCUCAAUCAUACACUCCUUAUGGUCAAGUAUUUGCUGAAGGUUCUUUCUCUUUCAAAAGGAAAUUUCUCUGCAGCUUUGGGGGAAGAAUAUUACCUCGGCCAAAUGAUGGGAAACUCCGAUAUGUAGGUGGAGAUACACGGAUUUUAUCUAUUCGCGAAGGCACCAAUUUUGAGCAACUAAUGAAGAAGACAUUUGUAAUUUGCAACCAACAUCACACUAUCAAGUACCAGCUUCCCGGUGAGGAUCUUGAUGCACUUGUAUCCGUUUGUUCCGAUGAGGACCUUCUUCAUAUGAUAGAGGAAUAUCAUGAGCUAGAGAGAACAGAGGGUUCUCAAAGACUGAGGCUCUUCCUUGUACCUUUAACUGAAACAGAGAGCCCAAGUUCUGUCGAGGCAAGGGUAACACAUCCAAUCGGUGCUGACUGCGAAUUUGUUUUCGCUGUUAAUGGUAUGUUAGACCCAAGUCCUCAGAAAAGCUCUAGCGAGCAAAGUUUGGCCAGCCAGAAUGGAAAUCCAUCAGAUUAUAGUCCAACCUUUCAUAGAGACUCUCCUACCGGUGCAUAUUUUGAGACCAAAGACUAUAGCCCUAGUUCCUCAAGUGCAGUGGGCACAUUAACUAAACCUGCUCCUCAGUUCUUAGCUACUCUUCAGAUCCCAAAGAAGUCUUUUAAUCAAUCCCCUCCCAUAUCCCCGGUUCCACUUCAACACAGAGAUCCCAAGAGUUCCAAUGUGCAGCUUUAUUUGGACCAAUCAUAUUGUGACGGUAAUGCAGGCAUUGCUCCUUAUGGUAUGGAAAAAUAUCCAUGUGACAAUACCUAUUAUCUUGAUGCGGGAGGUUAUAACAAUAAUCUUCAUCACGGGCCUCCAUUGUUAAAUCAUCAUCAUCAUAACCAAUAUUUGGCUGAAACUUAUAGGGCUAAAAAGUCUCACAUUCUGCACUCCCACAAUCGUAGUUUUAGCGAAAAUUUUGUGCCUUCUGCACGGUAUGGCAAAAGUGGUAUGGAAUCUGAGAGACUUGUGAUUCUGGAAAAGGCCCUCCAUUCGGAAAAGUCUCUCUCUCGUCCUGAAGAUAGAGAGGGACUAUCUUCAGGGUCUGGGGAAAGAGAUGCUUCUUACCACAGAAUAAUGCAUGCAGUACUUUCUGACUCUCAGUUGCAGGAACAUGUUCAGAGGUACACCGAAGGAGAAGUUAUCCCAGUGUCCUCACUGAAAUACAGACUAGAAAAAUCACCUUCAUUGAAGAUACAAAGGUCCUCGCAAGAACGGUCUGUGCAACAGGAAGUGAUUCUUGAUGGGAAACAUCAAAUUGCUAAACAUGGUAAUCAAUUCACGAUCAGGAAACCUGACCAAUGUAAAGAGGAACGAGGUCUGGAGAUGUUGAACCAGACGGACAGGAAUGACACUGGUGCUGAUAAAAAAUGGAAACACUUAGAAGGAAAUGUUGAAGUUACAUCAAAUGAUAUUGUCAUAGAAUUUAAGAAGGAACAAAAUGCAAACUGCCUUCUCAGUGAUUGCUUAGCCAUGGAACAUUCACAGUUCCCUGAAAGUGGGAUUUUUGGUUCAUCAAACCCUGAAACUGAAGGUUCUGAAGAUACUACGGGCCCCCAAGGCUAUGGAUUUGACACAACUUCUCAGUUUUCUCUUAGGAACCAAAACUGUACUAGAGAUCAGCAGUGUGCUACAGUUGAGACGGUAAGCAGUCAAACAGUUUCUCAUCAGUCACGUGAACGACUACCUGUUGCAUCUCAGGAGUUCUUAGUCUCAACAUCUAAAUUGGCUACAACUGCUGCACCAGACAGAGAAUUUUCUCUCCAUGAUAAGGAGUCAAGAAAUUAUCCUGAGUAUUUGGUUGAAAACAUAUGUCUCAACAAACAGUCUUCUGAAGUAACCAACUGUGAAGGUGCUAUCCCUGCCCAAUCACAGCCACUGGAUAAUCGGCAUGACAACAAGGUGACGGACUCGAUGAUUAUUGUAGAAGACUUGACUAAUAAUACACCACCCGGUAUCCCUGCCUCCAAAGUGGUCUAUAAUGUUUCGCAUAUAGAAGAUGAGGCCAGUGAUGAUUGUUCAUCAACUGGAGAAACAGAGACUGGAAGUUCAGCUACAGCAUCUGAUAACAAGGCUGUGACAGCUGACGGAAGUCAUAGGCAUGACACUAUUAGCGAUGUUGCAAUAGCUGAAAUGGAAGCAGGCAUCUAUGGUUUGCAGAUCAUAAAGAAUGAUGAUCUCGAAGAACUGCAAGAGUUAGGAUCUGGUACAUAUGGAACUGUCUAUCAUGGAAAGUGGAGAGGAACAGAUGUUGCAAUUAAGAGGAUAAAAAAGAGUUGUUUCUCCGGCAGAUCAUCAGAGCAAGAUCGACUGACUAAGGACUUCUGGAGAGAGGCAAAGAUUCUGUCAACCCUUCACCAUCCCAAUGUUGUAGCAUUCUAUGGCGUGGUGCCUGAUGGGCCUGGGGGGACGUUAGCAACUGUAGCUGAAUUCAUGGUGAAUGGAUCGUUGAGGCAUGUCCUAAUAAGAAAAGAUAGAGUGCUUGAUCGUCAAAAGAGGCUCAUAAUCUUAAUGGACACAGCUUUUGGCAUGGAGUAUUUGCAUUUGAAAAAUAUUGUUCACUUUGAUUUGAAGUGUGACAAUUUACUAGUUAAUUUGAGGGAUCCCGAACGGCCCAUAUGCAAGGUUGGGGAUUUUGGUUUGUCAAGAAUUAAGCGCAACACACUAGUAUCUGGUGGUGUUCGAGGAACCCUUCCGUGGAUGGCACCAGAACUAUUAAAUGGUAGCAGUAACCGGGUCUCUGAGAAGGUUGAUGUCUUCUCAUUUGGUAUUGUAAUGUGGGAGAUCCUGACUGGGGAGGAACCGUACGCUAACAUGCACUGUGGUGCUAUCAUAGGGGGAAUUGUAAAUAACACACUGAGGCCUUCUAUUCCAAAGCGCUGUGAUUCUGAAUGGAAAAAACUAAUGGAACAGUGCUGGUCGCCGGAUCCUGCUGAUCGUCCAUCAUUCACAGAGAUAACACAUAGGCUGCGUGACAUGUCAAUGGCACUCCAGAAAAAGCGGCCCAGUCUUGCAAGUAGAUGAAACGUAAAAUCGCAUGUAAGUCAGACUCACUAACAUAGAAAUAGUUUCGGCAUAAUACAAUCACUAUCCCUGUAAAUUUUGACCUUCGUAGAUGAAUACAUGAACGAAAUCUAUAAAUUCCCUUUAGUUCGAACUUGGCAUAUUAAGGAGUUAAGUUGUUGGUGUCAAAAUUCACAUUUUUCAUCUUUUCAUUUGGUAUUACAACUUUGAAACAUUCCUAUACACA